AUGGACCGUCUCCGCCAACACCUCCGUCGUCGCCGCAGCAGCUCCGCCGGCACUAACCCUACCACCAGCAAUGGUACACCACUACAAUCUCCCCCAUCAGCCAACGACAAACUCAGUCGUCGUCGCGAAGCAGAAGCCUCUCCCCCACGCAGACUAUACCUGACCUCCGAUACUCCCGACUUCGACGCGGGGAUCCUAUCGCGCUUCCGCGCUGAGGGCUUCGACGUCGAGUAUCUCCCCGUCCGGGGAUGUCAAAAUGCCGCAGAUGGUUGUGGAGAUGUAGAUAAAGAGCGCAAGGAAUUGGAGAAUCUGCUGCACGAGAGGGAAGAUGAUCUCGAGCCGGGCGAGAGAUAUGCUGUCGUUGCAUACAACAAACCCGCCCACCUCCUCCUCGAAUCCCACCACCAACCACUAACAGCCACAAACCCCUUCCCCAGACUCUGUGCCCUAGUGGCAUACUACCCCGAUGGACCUCUCACCUCCACCUCCUCCACCACCACCACCAACAACAGCAGUAACCUCACCAGUACAUCCCCAGAUACCUCUCGUGGAGCAACAGGAAGUACAUCCUCAACAACAACACCCACAACCUACCCCCCCUCCGUCCCUCUCCUCUGUAUCCAGAUCCACCUCGCCGGAACUUCCACCACCACCUCCUCAAUCGCAGACACCCUCCUCAACAGCACCAAAAACCACCCCCGGAAACGCCACCGCUGCCAUGUCUUCACCUACCCCGAGUCAUCUCCUAGAUUCGCCGAACCUUCUUCAUCGAAUUAUGACAAGCUCUCCGCACGCCUAGCAUGGUCUCGCGCCCUCGAGACCCUAAAGCGGGGGUUCGGAUGGCCCGCGACGAAAUGGCGAGUGCCGGAUGUGGAGAGCGUGUGGGAGGAGUAUUGGCGGUGUUUGUCUUCCACUUCCACUUCUGGGGAAGGGGGAGGAGGUGGUGGUGGAGGAGGUAGUAGUGAAAGAGACGAAGAAGACGAGCGCAGUCACCGCGCAGCAGAACUGGUAGGGUUAAUGGUAGGCAGUGGAAUGGGGGUGCAGAUGGAGAGUGUGCAUAGUAGUGGGAGUUCUUCCUCACAUUUAUAUACUACUACCCGUGGUGGUGCUGGGAAGGGAACAGAGACAGAGACGUGCACGAUUGAAGAGUCGCCUGUCGUGGUGUGUGUGCCUACUUGUGCUGGUGGUAUGUAUCCAUUUCUCCCUUCCCUUCCAUUCUCCAUCAUAAUAUGCCAGUGA